CGACAAUGUUUUGCCGAACAUGAAUGACGACCGCCGCAAUUCCAACGGCCCCAUGUCGAUCCGCCGCCUCCACACGGAAGCCCGAUACAGCGAAGUCGUGAUCCAUAACAAGACAGUAUACCUGUCAGGGCAGCUAGCAGACAACCUGGACGGCGACAUCCGUGCUCAGACGUUGGAAACGUUGGCGAGUAUCGAUGUGUUCCUCGCCGACGCUGGGACAGACAAGGCGGCACUGCUUUCAGCAACGAUCUACCUCAAGGACAUGGCGGAUUACGCUGCUAUGAAUGUUGUAUGGGACGCAUGGGUCUUGCCUGGCGCAGCGCCAGCUCGUGCCACUGUCCAAGCGUACAUGUACGAUCCCCGCGUGCUGGUCGAGAUCUCGGUCAUUGCGGCAGCUCCCGGCACCGCAUUGUCCUAAGCCCUCUCUAACACCGCGCUCGACAUCAGCACCCUCGACUUGGCGGCGGAUGGCCAUGGCUUCGGUUUCAAAACGACACACACGCCGGAGUAGGCAGGCAAUGUUCGAGCUACAAAUGUUCGCUCGAAUGCACCCUUUCACGACAGACG